AAAUCUGCGGCUGUGAAGUUGUCCCUCCCUCCCUCCCUCCCUCUCAAACAAAAACCCUCCAUAAACCCUUUUCCGCGAUACAAUGAACCCUAGUUGCUAAAGGCCGGCCAGACAUGUUUCUCCUCCGGCACCGGAAACCUCUUCAUGGUGUCCUCUUCUCCAACGCUUUCCGUCCUCUUAUGGCCUCCAAAUCCACACUCUCUUCCGUUAGUUAUCAUCCCAACCACAAAUCCAACAUCUACCCCCUUAACAGAUUCAUUUUGUUUCGUUUCCCCCCAACUUCAAACCCCCAAUUGCGUCCUCUAUCCUUCUCUACUCAUGCCACUACUCCCAGACCAGUUCCUGAAGUCUAUUUGGAGAAACCUGAUGAUGAUAUAGUUGAUACGCCUCAGUUGAAGCACCUUAAAUCAAAAUUGAAGGAAAUUGGAAUCGUCUGUGGACAUUUCGGUCCUGGUCAAACAAAUGGCUUGCUCUGCCCCAUGUGUAAAGGUGGCGAAUCUAUGGAGAAGUCACUCGCUCUCCUCAUUGCUGACGAUGGUAAUGCUGCUGUUUGGAAUUGUUUUAGAGCCAAGUGUGGAUGGGCAGGAAGUACACGUGGUUCUGCAGAUGUUAAGUCAAGUUACAACAGGAUGAAUAAGAUCACCCCCAAAGUGAAAAACAUUAGGAGAAUUACAGCACAAGAAUUGAAGUUAGAACCUUUGUGUCGUGAUUUAUGUGACUAUUUUGCCGAAAGAAUGAUAUCUGAAGAGACGCUACGGAGAAACUCUGUCAUGCAAAGAUUAUACAUGAAUCAGAUUGUCAUUGCCUUUACUUAUAAACGAAAAGGGGAACUUAUAAAUUGCAAGUACCGGGGUCUUCCAAAGACUUUCUCGCAGGAAGCUGAUACUGAAAAAAUAUUAUAUGGACUUGAUGAUAUAGAAGGAGCAAGUGAUGUCAUUAUUGUUGAGGGCGAAAUGGACAAACUUGCAAUGGAAGAAGCAGGCUUCAGGAACUGUGUUAGUGUCCCUGAUGGUGCACCUCCACAAGUUUCCUCUAAAGAUUUACCAUCCCAAGAACAGGACAUAAAAUACCAAUAUUUGUGGAACUGCAGGGAGUAUUUAGAAAAGGCGUCUCGCAUAAUACUUGCCACCGAUGGAGACGCGCCUGGUCAAGCCUUAGCUGAAGAGCUAUCACGCCGCCUUGGAAAAGAAAGGUGUUGGCGAGUCACGUGGCCAAGUAAAAAUGAAAAUGAGCGUUUUAAAGAUGCUAAUGAGGUUCUCAUGUUCAUGGGCCCAGCUGUAUUGAGGGAAGUUAUUGAGUCUGCUGAAUUGUACCCUAUUAAAGGGUUACUCAACUUCAGAGAUUACUUCAGUGAAAUUGAUGCAUAUUACCAUCAAACCCUUGGUACGGAGCUUGGCAUUUCAACCGGAUGGAAAGCAUUGGAUGAUUUAUAUAAUGUUGUGCCGGGAGAGUUGACCGUAGUCACCGGAGUACCCAAUUCAGGAAAGAGUGAGUGGAUUGAUGCAUUGUUAUGUAAUCUUAAUCGAAGCGUUGGUUGGAAGUUUGCACUCUGCUCUAUGGAGAACAAUGUAUUUCUAAAAUUCCAAUUUUAUACAGUUAGAGAGCAUGGAAGGAAGCUUCUAGAAAAGCACAUUAAGAAGCCGUUUUUUGACGUGAGGUAUGGAAAAUCUGUUGAAAGAAUGAGUUUAGAGGAAUUGGAGGUAGGAAAGCAAUGGUUGAGUGAUACUUUUCAUCUCAUACGGUGUGAGAAUGAUUGCCUACCAAAUACCAAGUGGGUGCUUGAUCUUGCGAAAGCUGCAGUCCUUAGAUACGGUGUGAACGGGCUCGUGAUUGAUCCAUACAACGAGCUUGAUCACCAGCGACCUUCCAACCAGACUGAGACAGAGUAUGUAAGUCACAUGUUGACCUGCAUCAAGCGAUUCGCUCAACACCAUUCAUGCCAUGUAUGGUUUGUGGCACACCCGAGACAGUUGCAGCAGUGGACUGGAGGCCCUCCUAACCUAUACGACAUUAGUGGAAGCGCACACUUCAUAAACAAAUGUGACAAUGGAAUUGUUAUUCAUCGAAAUAGGAAUCCAGAGGCAGGUGCUCUGGACCUAGUGCAGGUUUGCGUGCGAAAGGUACGGAAUAAAGUCUCAGGAACAAUAGGUGAUGCAUUCUUGCAAUAUGAUCGAAUUACUGGUGAAUAUAAUGACAUCAAGUAGCAAAAAGCAAAGUACUGGAGCUGAAGGGUUUCUGUUAUUUAUCUGUAUCAUUUUGUCGACUUGAAGAAACUGAACUUAUAUAAAAAUUCCAUUUUUAUAUCUAUGUCCAUCUGUAAAUAGCCGUCGUAUCUGUGGGAACUAAUCUUGUCAAUACUCAAAAGUUGGAGGAUUUAAUAGUUUAUUUUUAAUUGUAUUUUAUUUUAGUAGGAGGAUUUAAGAUUUAUACUAGUUUCAUUUUAUUU